AUGGAGGAAGCUUUGCUGCCCCUGGGCAUGACCUCUGACCCCAGGCCCUUUAAUCAACAACUCCCAGAGCCUCCAGACCCAAGAUGUGUCUUGGAACCCCAGGACAAUCCUGAACUGGCACCUGCCCUGGUGUGUGCUCUUUGCUGCUGCUUUGGAAUCAUCUACUGCUGCUUCGGCUACCGCUGCUUCAAGGCGGUGAUGUUCCUCUCCGGCCUGCUGUCAGGAGCUCUGGUGAUCUUUCUGCUGUGCCACGAGGAGCGGGUGCUGGAGACCCAGCUGAGCCUGGAGGUGAGCGCGGGCAUUGCGCUGGGCAUCGGACUCCUCUGUGGCCUGGUCACCAUGCUGGUGCGCAGUGUCGGGCUCUUCCUGACUGGUCUCCUGCUAGGCCUGACCCUGGGCGCCGGGGCCCUGCUGGGCACGGAACCCAUCUACCAGCCACCUUCAGCCUGGGUGCCGGCUGGGGGGCUGGUGGGGCUGGCGCUGCUGGGAGCCCUGCUCACGCUUCGGUGGCCACGUCCAUUCACCAUUCUGGGCACAGCCCUGCUGGGCGCUGCGGUGCUGGUGGCCUGUGCUGACUAUUUCCUGGAAGGGCUGGCACUGGGCAGUCGGCUGGGCCAACGCUUGCAGGCACUUCCAGCCUUGCCUCCUCUCUGCUGGUAUAGCUGGGCCUUGCUGGGGACUUGGCCAGCCCUGGGGGCCCUUGGGGCCCUGGCCCAGUGGAAGCUCGUGGAUGAGGAACAUGGAGGCCACGCCAAUGUGGUCUUGAGCCACCAGCGAAGGCACCUCCAGCUCCUUCGGAUCCGUCAGCAAGAGGCCAAGUGGCACCGGACCGCCCCUGGGGUGGGGCUCUGUGAGGGCAGCUACCGGAGGCAGCUCCCCGCCAACACCCGGAGCCCUGCCGACAGUUUGGCUCCAAGUUUUCUCCAGAGCCUUCGAGAUCGCCAACUGGGACCAGGCAGCCAGGCCACAGCCCCCCACACCAUCCUGGACCUGGAUUCUGGCUAUGGUUCCACUAUACCCCUCACCACACCUUCUGGUUCCACCCAGACCUGA